GUAUUUUGAAUUGGUGGCGAGUUAAACUCGAUAAGAGACGCAGUUUAGUUUAUAUGUCAUCACGUGUUUUAGCAUCGAAGCUACAUCCGUGACGCAUGGUUAUUUUUAUUGCCUUGCUUUUGUACAAAAAACCACGGCACGUCUUAUUAACAAAAACUUCCUUAGCUUAGCUUGCGUUUAAAAUGCGCACGCAUUUUUUCUUAUCGAUAUUAGUACCAAAUUGAAGCAUUUUCUGAGCAAUAAAAAGUGCUAUUUAUAUUAGUGGAUAUUCAAUUGCAAACCAUAAUUGACUAUUGAAGUGUUCUCAGUAGCUCUUUCAUCGUUUCAACAAAUUGUGAGAUCGUCGUCAGCCGAAGUGAUCAAAGUGGCGACUGCGGAAUCUGCAGCAGAUACUGGGGCUGCCGGGGGAGGUGGGGGAGAUGCAGUGGCUGCUGGAGAGCGGGCGAGUCGUAACCAGACCCCACUGACCCAGAGUCAUGUCGAGGUCACUACACCUCCUAUGCAGCAGGGUUCGAGUGGAUACCCAAAUCAACAGGCUGGAGCAGGAUUCCCUUAUGGGCAACAAGGGGCUCCCCAGCAGCAACAUUACCCAUCGGGAGCUGGCUAUGGCUAUGCAGGGGGAGUAUCGGGCUAUGGGCAACAACCUGUGUAUGGGCAACAACCUGGCUAUGGACAACAACCUGGUUAUGGACAACAACCUGGCUAUGGACAACAACCGGGCUAUGUACAACAACCAGGGUAUGGACAACAUCCGCCUCAAGGAAGUCCUUAUGGAGCACCGCAUGCACAAGGUGGUCCUACAAUUAUGCAAAUGGAGGAUAUUCAAAAACCGGGUCCCAGUUCUGGCGCAGGUGGGGGAGGAGCUUUCAUCCCUCCAUCAGGUGGCCCAGGCAACAGACCCACUUCGGCAAACACGACUAAGAGUGAAGUUCCGGUUUUGGAGGAGUCGGAGACGGAAGUGGGAGACAUGAUCCUUGUGGGAAUCUCCUACAUUAUUCUGGUCCUCCUCUUCCCACUGGCUAUUUUCCAAGCCAUCCAGGUGUUGAACACUUACGAGCGUGCAGUGAUCUUCAGACUGGGCAAGAUCAAAUCGAAGGAGACACCGAGUGGCAUCGUGUUCCAGUUACCCUGCACUGACUCAGUCACCAGAGUAGAUGUCCGAACCAGGACCAUCAACGUCCCACCUCAGGAGGUGUUGACAAGGGACAGUGUGACGUGCAGAGUGGAUGGCAUCGUGUUCUAUGAGGUCAUUGACCCGGUCAAGUCUGUCACCAAAGUGGAGGAUGUGGCCCAGUCGGUGGCCCUGUCUGCUCAGACUGCUUUGAGAACUGUGCUGGGCUUCAGGACUCUGCCGGAGAUACUGGCAGCUAAAAUGGCCAUUACUCAUGACAUUCUGGAAAUAGUGGAGGAGCGUGCACAUAACUGGGGUGUGAAGAUCCUGCGAGUGGACUUGAAGGACAUGAUUCUAGCGCCACAACUGCAGAGGUCGCUGGGUGCAGAGGCUGAGAGCACCAGGGCUGCCAAAGCACAGAUGAUUCGAGCUGAUGGCGAGCACAAAGCGGCAGAGAUCUUGUCCAAGGCGUCGAAGAUCCUCAACGAAUCGUCUGUAGGAGUGCAACUGAGAUACUUGCAGACCCUGGGUCAGAUAUCUGGCACAAAGAACAAAACGGUUGUGCUGCCACUGCCCCCAUCUCUGGCUGAGCGCGCGAUCAGGGGACUGGUCAGCACUCUGGCUAAAUAGAUAGAAGCAAGGGCUGACAAAUAAUUGAACUAAAGGAUGUUGAAUCAAUUGGAGAAUUGUAAUUAAUGACUAAGAUUGGCAAACUGGAAUGAUGAAUGUUUGAAUCUAAUUAUAAAGAAAAAUCAGCCUAUCAUAUUUGUAUGUUGCCUUUGCAAUAGUUUGACCUUGUUUGUAUUAAUUUGUGGCUCCCACAUGAAAAGUAUUUUCUGUAAAUUUUACCCUGCUUUGUAAAACAAAUAAGAGACGCACGCAGUUCUUUUUUAACUUCCCUUUUGACGUUGCUUUGUGAAUAUCUAGAUUAAUUAUUAGAGUAAACUAUUGCACCCAUCGAAUAUAUUUUGACUAAAUA